AUGCCUCAACUACGCCCUCCUCGACCGCUUAGGCCGAAGAAUAGGCGCGGGAGUAGCACAUCUGAGGAGUACACUUGGGCGGAUCUUCCGCCUUCGGAGGAUGCCUACGAGCCUCUCGAAGAGUUCUUCCCAGAGCAUGAUUUUGACAAACCCGUCAUUGAAGCUAAUUCUGAUGAAGCAUCGCCUACUACGGCUGUAGAACAGACCUACGGAAUUCCAAACAUCAUUGAUGGAAAAAAAGCGCCGGUUCAACCAAAGAAGUCCGUCCGUAUUGUUGUGGAAGAGCCCAAGAAGCGGAUGGAUCGCGUUUCAAGGGGCGAUCCAUCAACAGACACGAUCGUCUGGCGGUUAAGGGAAACGAAGUUAUGUGAUACUCGUAUCGAGAAAGUCAAUGCCUCGUCGCAGACGAGGGCGAAAUACAACAAGACGCUCCCUGAAUCCCCGAUGGGUGGUCCCAGGCCAUUCAAAUGGGUCCGUGGUGAACUCAUAGGCAAAGGAACGUAUGGUAGCGUGUAUCUUGCCCUCAAUGCCAUCACGGGCGAGAUGAUCGCUGCCAAGCAAGUUGCAAUCCCUAUAACCGCCAGUACUAAUGACAGAGAAGACAGCCGACAAAUGAGUUCCGUACAAGCACUCAAAACGGAGAGUGAGAUGUUGAAAGAUCUCGACCAUCCUCACAUCGUGCAGUACCUUGGAUUCGAGGAGACAUCGACAUUCUUGAGCGUUUUCCUGGAAUAUGUGCCUGGAGGCUCGAUUGGACGUCGUCUGCGAGAUCAUGGCAAAUUCGAUGAGGAAGUUACGAAAUCAUUCACUGGACAGAUCCUCGAGGGCUUGGAAUAUCUCCAUUCCAAGAAUAUUAUACAUCGCGAUUUGAAGGCGGACAACAUCUUGGUGGAGAAAACAGGGAUUUGCAAGAUCUCUGACUUCGGGGUUUCGAAACGCACGGAUAAUCUCAAUGGAACGGCGUCAUAUAUGAUGGAGGGUACAGUUUUUUGGAUGGCACCAGAAGCCAUACAUCCCCAGAACCAAGGCUACAACUCCAAAACCGACAUUUGGAGCGUGGGGUGCGUUGUCCUUGAGAUGUGGUCAGGGAAGCGGCCGUGGAGUGAUGAUGAAGCCAUAACGGUCAUGUUCAAGGUAUAUCAGAAUAAGCAACCCCCACCCAUACCUUCCGAUGUGGUGCUAUCCGAUCUUGCAAUGGACUUCAAGGAUAGAUGUUUCGCAAUUGAUCCGGAGGAACGCGCGAGCGCUGCGGACCUUCAGCUACAUCCAUACCUGGAGCUUCCAGAGGGCUGGGUAUUUAACGGUUUCAAGUAG